AUGCAAUUAAUUAAUUUUGAGCAAUAUAUAUCAGCUAACCUAGCAAGAGUUUAAUAUAGGAUGAAUAAUGAACUCUUGGCUACAAGAAUAAUGAGAAUGUUCCCCUCAAGGUUAUUUCUCUGCUGUCUGCUGGGAAGUGCUUCUCUUGUGUAUGGACAGCAGGCUUUGACUGGACUGGCAGCAUCCAAUGAAUUCGGUGAUGGCACUGACCACACUGGAGAGAUCAUCUCAUUCACUGAUGUUGGAUCAGGAGCUAGUGGUACACCACGCCCCUGGCUUUGCUUCACCGAAGAUACUGGUAGUGUAUUGUGGCUGUUCCCCAAUGGGAGUGCAUUGCAACUUGAAAGUAGAGUGUUGGCAGUUGAGGACGAAGUGUUCAUCAGAGAUGUUCCUGAUUUUGGCGUUGUUCUGCAUCGUGGUCCCGCACACUUCAGUCCUGAUGGAGAACACUGCUGUGUGAGGACUGCCACCAAUGAGAGGAGAUGUGUCACCUUCACUCCCUGCCCCACACUGAGUCCACUGUCUAAUGGAAUGAUCUCAUACGAUGCAACCACCAACAUGGCCACCUACACCUGUGACACUGGGUACACCAUCAGUGGAGCUACUCCGAUAACUUGUAUGAGUGAUGGUACUAGUGCUGGUACCUGGUCUCCAUCACCUCCCACUUGUACAAUCGUCACCUGCCCUGUCCUAACCUCCCCUACCAAUGGAGGUGUGUCCACCACCCCUAGUCGGGACUACCUCACCUUUGCUGCAUACAGCUGUGACCCUGGCUACUUCCUCACUAGUAGUGCUACUAGACAUUGUGAAGCUACUGGUCAGUGGUCAGGAGUGGCACCAACUUGUUCACCUGUUGACUGUGGAGCACUGAUGGCCCCCUCCAAUGGAGCAGUGGACACAUCCUCUGGAACCACCUUCAUGAUGACUGCUACCUACACCUGUAACACUGGAUACAACAUUGUUGGUAGCGAGAGCAGAACUUGUGGAGCAAGUAUAACAAAUGGACCAACUGGAGUUUGGAGUCCAGCUGCACCAGUUUGUGAAAUUGUCAACUGUGGUUCCCUGGAGGCCCCCUCCAAUGGAGCAGUGAGCACAUCCUCUGGAACCACCUUCAUGAUGACUGCUACCUACACCUGUAACCCUGGAUACACUCUCAUUGGAGCAAACACUCGGACUUGUGGUGGUGAUGGACAGUGGACUCCAGUUGCUCCAACCUGUUUACAGCUCCUAGCUGUGAUCAGCCCCAGUGGAGGUCCAAUGGCUGGUCAGAGUUUCUCCCUCACUUGUUCCCUGAGUGGAGGGGCCUUUCUACAACCCACCCUCUCCUACCAGUGGACGAGGGAGGGAGGGUCACUCAUGACCAGCACAGCAACCCUCAACUUUGACACUCUCUAUACUUGUCAGACGCUGGUCAGUACAGCUGUCAGGUCAUCCUCACCUCCAGUCAGCUUGAGGGGGAACACACUGUAGCUACUCACUACACCAUUGAGUUCAGGACACUCAACAUUCAACUCCGUCUGGAUGUAAUAACAAACUGUGAGGUGUACAUUGAGUCAGAGACAAUGGCCAAAGCCAGUGGCAUCACUACCAGACUAUCUCAAGGUGUUGAAGGAUUGUGUGCUUGUGGGUUCAGCCCCU